UUAUGUUUGUGCGUACAAUAGUUGAAUAGCCACACCACAAACACUAAACGCACACAGAAGCAGAAAGCACCGAGUUCACCGCAUUCAUUCUCGUCGGCAGAUGGCGGAUGUAGUAGACGCCUUCCGUCAGUCGCGCAUAGACAACUCGUCGAGCACAGUGUGAUCGCGAUUCGCUCAGCACCAUUUUGUGUGUAUCGUUUCGAACGGGACAUUGUGUGUAUAUGUGCUCCGUGAAUAAUUGUAAACCACGACUAUUCAAGUUUCAAGUCGUAUUCUGUGUUUCACUUUCGACAUGGCCACGGAAGGAUCGAUGUGAUAUCUCGGGCGCUCGUAGAAACCGCGCCUCCGUCAUGAGCGAGUGAUCGUCGUAAAAAAAAGUGAACACAGGAAACAUGUCUGGGCGGACCGCCGACGCGGAUGCGAUCGAAGGGUUUGAGUUCGAAAUUCGAAAGCGGUCAUGUCAUCGCCUCUCGGAUUUCGUAUAAGUCACCGUCCAAUGUCAAAAUCGUGCACGUACCGCGAGCGCCGACCCUCCGGAUCGUGCGGAAAAUGCGAUCGUUGGUAGUUUGGUGGGCGGCGCUGUCGGCGGCCUGGGCGCUGGCGGCCGCCUGCUCCAGCUCCAUCUCCAAGCGGCCCGCCCGCCCGCAGCGCCCGCAGCGCCCGCAGCCGCAGCCGCAGCCGCAGCCCAGGCUCAACGUCACCUUCCCCACGUUCAAGUGCGAGCCGGACUACUCGGAGUACUACUGCCUCAAUGGCGGAGUGUGUUUCACAGUGGUGAUAUCGGACAGUCCCAUCUAUAACUGUGAGUGCCGUAGUGGUUUUGUGGGCCAGAGGUGUGAGUUCAAGGACCUGGACGACUCGUACGUGCUGACGAGCCGGCACCUCAUGAUGGAGACGGCGUCGAUCGCGGGCGGCGCGACCGUCGCGGUGUUCCUCGCCAUUCUAGUCUGUUUCGGCGCGUGGGUGCGCCUCCACCGGCGGGCGAAGGCGCCCCCGUUCUCGGAGGAGCGCGGCCAGGUCCAGCUGGUGGCGGUGGCGGCGCCCCGAGGCCGCGUCUCGCUGUGCAAGGCUCCUGCGCCGGCCCCCGCGCCCGUCCACCGCUAGGGCUCCCCUCCCGGUCAGUGUAACCGGCCACCGGACUAUUUGCCUUGUUUAUAUUGUAUCUGGUGUACAUAUAGAUAGAUUAUGUGUUAAGUUAUGUCGAGAUAACAAAAGAUAUGAGAAAAUUUAUGUGAUAAUUAUUUUACGAAGUUUAUAAUUUAUUUCCAAGGAAUUUCUUUUGUAUAUACUGAUCAGAUACCUUUGGAAGUUGUGGUUACAUUGUGAAAAACUAAAUUCGAGUCACCCAGUGUUCAUUUCUUGAGUUCAACAUGAUUUUGUUGAUGGCAACAUGUUCAGUAUAUGUUGGAUGUGUGAGAUUGAACAUCAACCAUGUACCUAAUGCUACUCGCUCCAAGUAGAUCUGUUAUAAUGUUAUGUAUUGUUGUCGGCUCUGUAUCACCAGGUACAAAAGCCUGCUGUCCUCUCGGGCUGAGGAGGCUCUCUCCAGUUACAGUCACAGUUUACAUAGACUUAGCGCUGGAUAAAGUGGAGAGAUGCCUGUUCAGCCCGGGAGGGUGGUGUGUGCAGUGCAAGGUCUCCACUGUGACCGAGCACUGUGCACUGCAUGUUAUUGUUUGUUAUUGUAGCAAAUUACUCGGUACCCUAGGUACAUGUGCAGGCUGACUGCUCUGCCACUGUACUAUUUAUGUAAAUGUGAAUCUAUGUUAAUUGUAUUUAUUAGUGUUGCAUUCUAUACAAAUAGAAUUGUGAUGAAUUUGUAUGCUCAUGCAAUGUGUGGACAGCGAGUAGCGCACAGUUGGUUCCUGCUGUAAGAGGCAUGAGCCCGCACAUUCCAUCUCGCGCAUAGAGUAUUUUACUGGUUCAGUAUUAUUUUGUAAUACGAGAGUUAAGCUGGCAGCUUUACAUUAUUUUUAAUUUAUACCUGAUAUCCCAUGGGAUAGUGCUGUAUUAUAUUUGUUUGAAGGCUGAAAGUGCCCUUGAUGAAAGGCUUCUUGUAAAUAUAGCCUGUGUAGGUAUUUAUUAGAUAUUUAUGAUCGUUUAUUUAUUGACUGCUUUACUUAGUUAAUCUUGAUCUGUCGCAUCGAACGCCUAACCGAGCGGAUAACGGUUGCAUUUUCAUUUCACCCUGCUAAGCAUGGCCUCGCGUCUGUACCCAUUGUAAUCUCAUCAUGAAUCUCCAAGUCUUAUGUAAAAAUUGUAACAUUACAUUGGAUGGUGUAUAAAUUGUCACUCUGUCAUGUAAGCUGCAAGCUGUCCAGGCUUUCUUGUCUACGUUCUUGCCGCGCGGCGGUGUCCAGCAUUGUUCAGAACUGCAGUGCAGUCCUACAGGCCUGUACCGAUAACGUUUGUGUAUCUGUGGAAAAACUGGUAGCUACCAUCUUUGUAAUGUCCAAGUCCAAUGCUCGACAGCUGUCGCUUCUUAAUUAUAUGCUCUCUAUUUAACACGUAAUGUAAUUUCUUAUUUCGUUUGGCAGCUUACAUUGUGGAGCGAUUACAAAAAAAUAGCAAAUUUUGUCUGUGGGCUGUGACAUCACGGCGGCCAGGUGCUAGCGAGCCGGUGGGGUUUUUUAUUCUAGACUGUUGGAUAAUAUUCCUAUGUAUUUGAUAUGUGUGACGAUCACGUUGGCCCACCGGCCCGCCAGCUCGCUGGCCGGCCUACUCUAUCCUACCACGAGCUUGUGAUGAAAGUGUCGACGUUGUGACGGGGAAUCCGUGUUGUCAAUUGAUUCAUAUGAGAUUGUUUAUAUGAACAUUCCAAAGUAUUUGUAAAAUAUUACCUACAUUGCUAAUUUUGAAGUAUCUGUUAAGACACUACUUGUUAAUUAUACAGUUUUCUAUUGAUCAUUUGUUAAAAGAAAAUUAUAUGAAACU